GGUGUGGUGGGGGUAGGCCAGCCAGCCACCCGUGGCGGGGAUAUAUCAAGCGAGCUACUCGCCACCACCACAGCCAUUUGCGCCUCGCUCACCAAAAGCAAUAUGAUAUGGUUGGGAAGAACUGGUGGUGGAGUACUGGUCCUGCUGCUGCUCCUGGGCCCGCCUCCAGUGUUACCUCACCGCAGCGAGAGGCAAGCCCAGUACGUACGUGGCAUCCCGCCGGCCAGAACUGCCUCAUCUCUGCAAAACGAGCCAGUGUUUCCAACAUCGCGUCCCAGAUGCUUCAACGGCGAGCCGUGUAUCCGUAUUGCGGACUGCCCCACCUUUUCUUCCAUUCUUGAGGGCCGACCUAACAGACAAGAGAUCAGGAGACUGCAGAACGCCCUCUGCGGCUUCAGCAACAGGAGGGAGCCAAUGGCGUGCUGUCCAGACCAGAGCGGGGAUUCGGCUCCUACUGUGCCCACAGUCCGGCCUCCAGUUCCUGACCGGCUGACAGCCAGACCUGCGGGUCCUGGGCGACCCACAGCCAGACCUGCAGGUCCUGGGCGACCCACAACCAGACCCACAGUUCCGACACCGCCCACGGCGCCCCCGGUAGUGCCCACCCUGCCCCCCAGCAACCCUGGUAAUGGGGAAUCGCUGUUGCCGCGCACCUGUGGCUCCCCCAGCAACGGUCAGACUCGCAUCUUCUUCGGCGAGGACGCUCCGAUCGGCGCUUACCCUUGGAUGACUCUGCUGGGCUAUACCUCGAGCAGCCAGCAGCAGGUGGUGUGGGCGUGUGGUGGGGCCCUGAUCACCCAGCAGUAUGUUCUUACUGCUGGCCACUGUACUGACCCUCAGUUUACCGCCAACCGCCAGCUGACGGUGAUUCGCCUGGGAGAGUACAACCUGUCCACGGACCCCGACUGUGUGGACGGCACGUGCGCUCCGUCCCACCAGACCUUCUCCCCCGCGUCCAUCCUCCGUCACCCGUCCUUCAACUCCCGCGGUACCGUCACUGACGACAUCGCCCUCGUCAGGCUCAACGGCACCGUCUCUUUCAAUGCAUAUGUACAGCCCGUGUGCUUGCCUCCCGCCGAUAUCGACAUCAGCACCUUCCUGUCGGGGCGCCAGGCGACGGUGGCAGGCUGGGGCGUCACGGAGAGAGGGGCCAACACACAGGUCCUCCAGCGGGUUCGAGUUCCAUUCGUCAGUCGUGAUGUGUGUAAUCCUGUUUAUAGAAACGCUCUCGUUCCGGAACAGGUGUGCUUUGGUGGGGAGGAGAGGAGAGAUUCCUGCUUCGGGGACUCUGGUGGUCCCGUAGUGGUCACAGGACCCAACAACAGUCCCAUCUUCACCCAGCUGGCGGUGGUGUCCUUCGGGCAGCCUGCGUGUGGGGUGGCGGGGGUCCCCGCCGUGUACACCAGCGUGGGGCCCUACAGGUCUUGGAUACUCUCCAACCUGCAGCCCUAGCUGGCCAACCUGCAGCCCUAGCUGGCCAGCCUGCAGCCCUAGCUGGCCAGCCUGCAGCCCUAGCUGGCCAGCCUGCAGCCCUAGCUGGCCAACCUGCACCGCUCACCCCCCUUUCCCACAUCCUUUCCUCUUUAUCUUUGAAAAAAUAUAUAUAUACAUACAAGAGGAAGGGGGUGGUAGGCUAAUAGAACAUGGAAUCAGUAUUGGAGGGGACCUAAACAUUCCCUCUAAUGAGUUGGGUGUGCUUUUCUCCGAGGCUAA